CAGGCGGGCUGGCUGGCUGCUAUCUGGCGGUGUGGUGUGUGCGGUCGGACUGUGGUUGUGUUUCAGCUCUCACCGUGUUGAUAACGACACACUUCGGGUGCUUUUCCUCGCGCUAGACAUGGGAAUUCAGCAGCCAUGGCUCUAAGACUAAAGGCCCUAACGCUGCUGGCCCUGCUCGGGCUGGCGGCCGUCGGUGACGCUGUACGUUGUAACUGCACAAACUGUGAUGGUGGAGAGUGUGAGACAGAUGGCGCCUGCGCUGUUUCAACGUUCAAAGAUAAGAUGGGGGUGGAAGGGCCCAUGCGGCACUGCAUCAACUCUGACCGAAUGGCUCCCCCCAUCUACUGUAAGAGUGCGGAAGGUCACCUCAACGUUCUCUGCUGCUAUGAAGAUUACUGCAACAGUGUUGACCUGAAAGCUCCAGCAACGACAAAGCCUGCGAACUGGUCGGCCUCGGGGAACUCCUGGGGGCCAGUGGAGCUGGUUGCUGUCAUAGCGGGGCCCGUGUUCCUCCUCUGUGUGCUGCUGAUGGUUGGGGUGUUCCUCUUCCAGUAUCAUCAGAGAGCCUACAGCCACAGACAGAGGCUGGAGGUGGAGGACCCCUCCUGUGACCACCUGUACUUGGCCAAGGACAAAACGCUGCAAGAUCUCAUCUAUGAUAUGUCCACCUCAGGAUCCGGUUCCGGGCUGCCCCUGUUUGUGCAGCGGACAGUGGCCAGAACUAUCGUGCUGCAGGAAAUAAUAGGAAAGGGGCGUUUUGGAGAGGUGUGGAGGGGGAAGUGGAGAGGAGGAGAUGUUGCAGUGAAGAUCUUCUCUUCCAGAGAGGAGCGCUCCUGGUUCAGAGAGGCUGAAAUCUACCAGACAAUCAUGCUUCGGCACGAAAACAUCCUGGGAUUCAUUGCAGCAGACAAUAAAGACAACGGCACAUGGACACAGCUGUGGCUGGUGUCGGACUAUCACGAGCAUGGCUCUCUUUUUGACUACUUGAACCGUUACUCUGUCACCAUCGAGGGCAUGAUCAAGCUGGCCCUUUCAGCUGCAAGCGGCCUGGCACACCUUCACAUGGAGAUCCUCGGCACUCAGGGUAAGCCAGGCAUUGCUCACCGGGACCUCAAGUCUAAAAAUAUCCUUGUUAAGAAGAACGGCACUUGUGCUAUAGCUGACCUCGGGCUGGCAGUUCGCCACGAGUCCAUCACAGACACAAUCGAUAUAGCACCGAACCAGCGCGUGGGCACUAAGAGGUAUAUGGCUCCAGAGGUCUUGGAUGAAACCAUCAACAUGAAACAUUUUGAUUCCUUUAAGUGUGCUGACAUUUAUGCGCUGGGCCUGGUGUACUGGGAGAUCGCACGCCGCUGCAACACAGGAGGUAUACAUGAGGACUACCAGCUACCCUACUAUGACCUGGUGCCCUCCGACCCGUCCAUAGAGGAGAUGAGGAAGGUGGUUUGUGACCAGAAACUGAGGCCCAACGUUCCCAACUGGUGGCAGAGCUACGAGUCGCUGCGUGUGAUGGGGAAGAUCAUGCGGGAGUGCUGGUACGCCAACGGAGCGGCCCGACUGACAGCUCUGCGCAUAAAGAAGACUCUGUCUCAGCUCAGUGUGGAGGAGGACGUCAAGAUGUGAGCAAGAAAUAAACGAGGCGCUAGAGACGCACAACCUGACCACACUCCCAUAGGAAACAAACACUACAGACAGACAAAUGCAAAUGGAGAAAAAACAAGAAAACAACCCUGCCAGUUUUAAUGC